GAGAGGAGGGGGUUUCACACAUACACACAAAACUAAGAUGACAUAGAAAUUCGAACUUGAGACCCCUAAUCUGCAAGUCAAUGCCAUUUUUUACUGGGCUAACUAGUUGAAUUGACUAAGCUUCUUUGUCACAUAUUCAUUUGUGUUCAAGGCUUAUGAGCCCAGCUCAUCUUUGUUUGGAUAGGCCGGAAAGGCUAUUUAAGGUCGAUCUGAAUUAAAAUCAUCAUGGGCCUUUGCCCUUUUUUUAUUAUGAGCCCAGCUCAUCUUUUUGUUCUUCUUCUUAUUACUUGGUGCCAUCAUGGGCCUUGGCGAUCUGAAUUAAACUAACUAACUCCUUAACUCCCUUAACUAACUUUUCAAUUCCCUCCUACCAGAGCAAAUCCCACACGUCCACGUGUCAAAUCUUAACCCGCCAAAAACAACCUUCCCCUUACAAGUUCAGAUACUCUCUGAAUCUGCAACUACACCCAGACUCAUUUGCAAAACCAAACCCCCCUCUCCGAACUCCAAGAAACGAAGAACAACCUCCAACAAUGGCGGCAGCCAAACUCCUUCUCUCUCUCAUUGUCCUCUCAGUUCUCUCUCUCUCCUCCGCCCUCCCCACGCAAACCCUCGUCCACGCCGCCGAAAUCCUCUCAGAUUUCGGCUACACCUCCAUGGCUCUGACCCUCGACCUCGCCUCUCAAACCCUCCUCCUCUCCCAGUCUCCUUCUCUCACCAUCUUCGCCCCCACAGACGCCGCCUUCUCUCACUCCGGUCAGCCACCGCUGAACCUCCUGCAAUUCCACAUCAUCCCCCUUUAUUUCUCUCUCCGAUCCCUCAAGUCCCUGCCUUUCGGCGCCAAGAUCUCAACUUUACUCUCUGACCACUCUCUCUCCGUCACCACUUUGGCCAACGACCCCAGAGUCUCACUCAACAACGUCCCCAUCACUGUUUCCCCAAUUUUCGAUGAUGGGUCGUUGAUAAUUUUCGGAAUUGACAGGUUCUUGGACCCGCAUUUCCGGAUUUUGGGUCCUCUUCGGAGCUACACCCCCAAGAAUCUUGGAUGCUUGGCCCCGAAGAACCCGAACGAGGCGAUGGGGGUAAGGGAUCCGUUUAGUGAAGCUUCUAAUGCGCUGAGGUCGAAAGGGUGCUCUGUUAUGGCUUCGUUUCUCGAAAUGCAAUUUCAUGGGUUUUUCUUCAAGUACCAGACCAUGAUGACUGUAUUUGCUCCAUUUGACCAAGUCUUGAUGAACCGAGUUGGGAACUUGAGUGAGCAAUCCUCCAUCUUUCAUCGCCAUGUGGUGCCCUGCAGGCUUUUGUGGAGCGAUUUGGUGAGUUUCAAUGAUGGGACGGUGUUGAGGACAAAUCUGAUGGGGUUUACAAUCAAUAUCACUCGAUCCCAAGACGUGUUGAUGCUCAAUGGUGUAUCAGUCAUUUUUCCGGAAGUGUAUCACAAUGGCUGGCUUGCGGUUCACGGAAUCAGUGAGGUUCUUGAGGUGCCACAUAGAACAGAGCAAACAGAGCAAGUGACUGUGGCUCCGUCUGAAUUUGGUAACAGCUACCCUGAGGAAGGGAGUACCCUUAGUCACAACCACUUUUUUGUUGUAAGGCCUACAUAACAUAGCAAUCUUGGUAGCCUUUUGCUCUCUGGUUAUAUCAAUAUCAGUAGCAUGCAAGAAUUGUCAAUUUUGUUACGCAUCUCUCUGAAGAACAAGUUCUGCAUCUAUGAGGAGUUAUUGUAGAAAACUUGUUGCCAUGAUCCUUAAAUUUGGUACAUUAAACUAGUCAGAAUUACAGGAGAUAUAAGAGGGCUGUAUUCAGAUUGCUUGGAAUUCAUGUAUAUUUGUGAAUUCAAUGAACUUCAUUUUAGUUCAUGUUUUAGACUCUUUGAUUUUUGCACUUUUCUUUU